UCAGUUUCAGUUUCAGUUGAACUUGUACUUUGUAAGGAAGCACAUCUGGAGCUCUAUAAAAUUUUCUAAAAAUUUUUAAGAACAAAAAAUAAGUUAUUUUUGUUGUGUUGAGAAAUUUUCUUACAGUUUUGUAAAAAAAAAAGCCUAACAAUGAUUUUGUUUUCACCGAUUAACCUAUUCUUUUACAACAUAGCUGUGGCCUUUAUAGAUAGCCAAUACAAGAAGACCAUUGAUGUUUCCAAUGAGGCUUUGUUCUGGCACAAGAUACCCAUUGUCAAUAGAUUCAUGGAUAUUCCAGAGAAAGUCGAAUUGCCGGAUCCUAACGAUAUCCUUUUGGAGAUUAAUCCCUAUGUCAAUGCUUUCAUUUUACUGCCAGCAAUUUUUAAGCAUUAUUAUUUCAAGAUUUUGCUGGUCAUGGUGCUAAUAUGGAAUAUUAUUGUUUGCAAGCGUAUUAUUAGUUUUUUCAUACGUCUUUUGACAAUCCUAUGGGCCAGCGAUCUCUGCUGGGGCUACUAUUUAGCCAUUUUAUUGUUUGUGAUGGUUAUGAGCUUGGCACAUGUGGUACUCAUGUAUUAUACAGCCAAGUCGCCACUAUUGCAGGCAAUACGUUGGGGACGUUAUGGUUAAAUGGAAAUGGAUAUAUACAUAUAUAAAUCUGACUUAAAACAGAGUUAAUAUAACAAACUUGAUAAACACAAAACCUCUGAGAAGAAACUUCUAAUAAUGUUAAUAUAAAAAUAAAUCUCGGUGAAUGAAGAAACAAAUCUUUUUUGCAAGAACCUGAGAAGAAUUACAUGUUUACAAGGAGUAUGUCGCAUUAGAAUUUCCAAUUAUGCUGCCUAGAAUGUCGUGAAUACAAAUAUCUACAAGAGGUUUUUGCGACUACAUUACCCACAAGCUCUAUCCUAUAGCAUAUAUACAUCUUACCUACAGGUUACCAAGUUAAUAAAUCAAUUUCGUUAAAUGUUCUGCAAAUA